ACCGGAUCUAAUUAUGGGACAGCCUGUUAUUUAAGAGCCAUAACUGGCGAUAAACUGAUUCUCAUUCCCUCACCAUGCCUCGUCUACGCCCCUUUCUGCAUGCUCUACUCGCCCUAACCCUCGUUCUGGCCCAUCAAGAACCCAAGACUGAGAGAGAAAUUCAAGUACAAAAGGCUUUGCAGGCUGCUGCUUAUCAUUGUGCUCCUGCAGUUGCCGAGUUCACAGCUGCUCGUCAGCGUUCCUGGGCCCAACAAGUUCUCGGUGGCAAUCCUCACCUACCCGCAUACGAUGAUCUGUUUGCGGAAGGAACAUAUCAAGAGCGAAUAGCCGCCAAGGACUCCACCUAUCUUGAGUGUUCGCCUGUAGAAGAAACGAGAAUCGAGAAUAACACUUGUGUUUUAACACCCGUUGUUACCGAGGGACCAUAUUAUCACACAGCUGGUCAUCCUAUAAGACGCAAUAUUGCAGAGUAUCAAAUUGGAUUGCUCACACUGCUUGACAUUGGGGUAAUUGACGUCAAUACUUGCAAACCUCUUCCCAACGUUCUCGUCGAUAUAUGGCAUGCGAACGCUACUGGUCAUUACGCCGGUCACCCGUUCCCCAAGCCCGAGCUCGUCAACGAAAAGCCACAAGUUGGUGGGAAGAGAAGCGGUCUCCUUUCAGCGUUCCCGAGGACGGUAUACGAGGAAUCUUGGCUUCGGGGUGCAUGGCCCACAGAUAGGAAUGGGGUCGCUCAGUUUACCACUAUUUUCCCUGGGUAUUACACUGGCCGUGCAACCCAUGUCCAUACCAAAGUGUUCACCUCUUGGGAGCCACUGCCCAACGGUACCUUUGAUGCAGGCAAUCUUGCACAUGUCGGCCAAUUCUUUUUCGAGGACAACGUGAACCUACAAGUCGAUAAGGCCUGUACUUUUUUUCUCUCUCCGCUUCCCGUUCUAACGAGCCGAAAUCAGAUGCACCCAUACACCGACAAUCCCAUCCGCCACACGUACGGCCGAACACGAAAUUGGCGUGACUCGUUGAACAUAUUUGAGGACUCGCUAGGCCCUGAAGGUCAAUACUAUCCCGUUUUCAAGACACACUUACUCGGUGGUAUUCUGAAUCAAGGCGUUAUCGCGUAUAUAACGAUGGGUAUUAACGCGAGUGCCUCUUAUGACAACUGGUGGAAAGGCUAA